GGCAGAGGCAGGCAGAUUUCUGAGUUCAAGGCCUGCCUGCUCUACAGGGUGAGUUCCAGGAUAGCCAAGGCUACACAGAGAAACCCUGUCUCGAAAAAAAAAAAUGAGGAGAGUUCAUUUUGUUUUAAAUAUUCUUUCCAUAUAUAGUGCUUGACCUUUGGUGUCUCAGGCAUAUUUUUAACCCCUUAAACAUUACCUUACUUUAUUCUCAAAACAGACUAUAAGAUAUAAACAUAUUGUUUUGAUUUUAUUAGGAGAAAACUGAAGUGUUAGAAAAACUUUUAUAGGGAAGUAUUUCUCUUGUAAAAGAAACCAAGUCAAAAUUAGCCAUUUGUUUUUAAAAUACUUUCUAGGUCAAGUGACUAUAAUAUAUUUUAAUUUAGUUUGAAAAUAUGUUUAUCUUGUUAUCUUGAAAAAUUAUAUUGGUAAAUGACUAAGUAGGCAUGUACAUUCCAUCUUUGUCUUGUUUUGACAUUCACACUAUAUAGGCUUCUUAGUGUUACAAGUGUCGCCACAUGUAAUCCCAAUACUACCCAUUUAAUUUCACUUCUGCAUUGCACUUGCUUGAUAGCAGGGUUCCACUAAUGAGAUCCAUACUCUCCAGGAAUCAUACAUUUGGUUAAAACAGAGAGGUUUUAACAAUACAACCAAUACUAUUAUUGUGCAGUUGUCAACUCAUGAAUUUGGCAGAAGUAAUAACAGGACGAGAGAACCUCAUGCUUUUUAACAAAAUUAAAGAGUCGGGGUAGGGGACCGGAACUUCCCAAAAGUACAGGGUUAAGAAGGUUGAAAUUUCCACCUUUGGUUAGAAAUUGGAUGAUGCAUGGAGCCAUUAUUUUAUAGUAGACAGAAAAUUGAAAGUUACAUUUAAACUUUCGCCAGACAUCAAAACAAUUCUUAAAGCAAGCAAACAAACAAACAAACAAACAAACAAACAAAAUAAAACCCCCCAAAACCCUUAAAAGUGAGAUCUUGUUUUUCCAGGAUGAUCUUUUGGAAACCCCUGACCCACAACACCCUUUCAAAGUAGGUGCUGGGAGCAGCGGAACUAAAGGCAGACACACUUCAGUUGCUCCGACGGAAGGACGAGGGCCGUCUGUCCGUUCUUACAAGUUUCCCCCACUCGGGACUUAGGUGUACGCAAACAGGUUCUUCUGCGUUUUAGCAUCGCGGCCGGCCCAACUUUUUUUGUUGUUUUUGUUGCCUCAGAUUUCUUGACCUACAAAAUGCUUCGAUAUCCAUAUUUUUACAGAACAUAUAAUAGACUGUUUUCACACUUUGUGGAUUCUGGUGCAUCUAAUUUGGAUGUCUGUCCCCACACAAUCCACACUGCAGUGGCACUGCAUACUGAAUCUAAAGCUGUGGAAGGGACAGCUCUGUGCGGCCCUCAGAAGGUCUACAGCUCUGAAGAGAAAGAGUUGGAAGCCAUGGCUAAAUUACAUAUCCCAGUAAUGGUGGAUCAAGUUGUUCAUUGCUUGGCACCACAAAAGGGACAGAAUUUCAGCCUUUGUGUGGCACACUUGUCUGAUCAAAUAACUGGGGGAAGUCUGGAGAGGAAGCAGAAACAAGGCCACCUGAACUGGCAAGAACAGGAUAUGAUGAACUGCUAAGAAUACAAGGUUUUCCUAGAUAUGACCUUUGGUUCAGGAGGACAUACAAGAGCCAUUCUGCAGAAGGAACCAGAUGUUAUGGUCUAUGCCUUAGACCGGGACCCAGUGGCUUAUGCAAUAGCUGAGCAGCUUUCAAGACUGUAUCCGACACAGAUCCAAGCUCUGUUGGGCCAGUUCAGCCAAGCGGAGGCAUUGCUAAUGAAAGCUGGAGUGCAGCCAGGAACGAUUGAUGGAAUCCUUAUGGACCUGGGGUGUUCUUCCAUGCAACUUGAUGCUCCUGAACGAGGUUUCUCCCUUCGGAAAGAUGGCCCCUUGGACAUGAGGAUGGAUGGAGACAGGUACCCUGACACGCCCACUGCUUCUGAUGUUGUGAAUGCUUUAGAUCAACAAGCACUUGCAUCCAUCCUAAGAGCAUAUGGAGAGGAAAAACAUGCCAAAAAAAUUGCUUCUGCGAUCAUUCAAGCACGCAGCACAUACCCUAUCUCUAGAACCCAGCAGCUUGCCAGCAUUGUUGCAGGUGCCUUUCCUCCCUCUGCUGUCUAUGCAAGAAAAGACUUGCUACAAAGAUCCACCCACAUCGCUACCAAGACUUUCCAAGCCCUUCGCAUCUUUGUGAACAAUGAGCUCAAUGAGCUCUAUGCAGGACUGAGGACAGCAGAGAAGUUUCUAAAAACUGGUGGUCGCCUGGUCGCCCUCUCCUUCCAUUCCUUAGAAGAUCGUAUUGUCAAACGCUUUCUGCUUGGGAUAAGCAUGACAGAAAGGUUUAACCUGAGCAUUAGACAGAAGGUGAAGCAGACUUCCCAGCUGGAUUCAGAUCAGGAGACUGAGGAGAGACACUCUGUAAGAGCGCCUCUGAAGUGGGAGCUGAUACACAAGAAGGUACUUACUCCAGAAGAUCAAGAUGUCCAAGAUAACCCCAGAGGGCGCUCAGCCAAGCUCAGAGCAGCCAUCAAAUUAUGAGGAUCUUAUUAUUUGAUCCACAAGUUUUUACUCAAUAUUUCUAUUUUUUUUUUCUAACUUAAAACUGUGUUUCUGGAUGUAAUGUAAAGUAUGGGGCAUCUCUAUGCCCUAAAUUCGAAAUUGAUAUAUUUACAUUUGCAGUGAACAUUCAAUGGCUUAUAUAAUUCAUCAUGAUCAUGGAAUAAAUUAUAAUUUCCCCUACCAUAGCUUUAUCAAAUGUAAGCUUUUUACAAAUUUUAAAUUCUCAACAUUAUUUAAAAUAUACCAUACUGGUGGUCUUCACUAGUGAGUUCAUAGUUCAUUUGAAGGCAUUUUUCAAUAUGAUCCAUAUUUCAUACAGUGGAAAGGAAGCAUGUAGAACUGCUCUAACAACCCUCAUAGAAAAUCUGAGGUCCAGAACUUCUAUUUGCUGUGGGUUGUAUCAAUACUCUUAGUAAACAAUGUAAUCUCUUGUUUCAUCUUGCUUUUUUGUUUCCUUAAAUAAUUUUAAAUGUUAUGCAAAGUGGUAAGUUUCACUAUGGCAUUUUCAUGAAAAUAAAGCAUGAUAUUAGUACUAUU